AUGUCAGAACCGGAGACUCCAACGAAUGGUGUCGUCUCAGCACGACUUCCAGGUAUCAAACUAGAUCCCACCUUGUAUAACCCUUCUGGAGAGGAACUUGACUUCUUGAAGGACCAGACGAAGAUUGAAGAUGAGGAAGAGCUCAAACAGCAUGUUAUAGCUGUUCAGACGGAAGCAUGGAACGUCUUUCAUUAUAAGUGUAUUCAGUCGUUCGGGUUUACAAGGCUCAAGAUCUCGCGUUUACCCGCGUAUCCUGAUCUUCUGGAGUUGGGGAAUAAUAGGCCGGAUGCUAUCUUCCUGGACUUUGCUUGCUGCUGUAUGUCUGAUAUGUGUCACUGUUUAUCUCCGCUCUUAUUCUCCAUCCCAGUCGGAAAUGAUGCCAGAAAGGCAAUCGCAGAUGGUUAUCCAAUGGAAAACGUAAUCGCUUCAGACCUACAAGCAGGGUUCUGGGAGGCAGGUCACAAACUAUUCAGGUCGACUCCAGAAACGUUUCCUGUUCAUUUCAUCCAAGGCAGCGUAUUCGAUCCAAAUCACAUAGCACCUACGCCACCUCACUACUCUCCACCAUCAACCCCUCGGCCGGACCUUUCCACUCUCACGUUACUCAACUCACUCCAAGGACACGUAUCGGCCAUUCACGUAUCACUGUUCUUCCAUCUCUUCAGAAAAGAAGAACAGAUCAUUGCAGCUCAAGCACUUGCCUCGUUACUCUCCCCCCUCCCAGGAUCGAUGAUCUUCGGUACGCACUCGUCAAGGGCCGUCUCAGAGGAAAUUAAACGCCCUGUUAGUGGAGAUACCGUUUACAACUUCAACCCCGAAGACUGGUGUGCUCUUUGGGAUGGAAACAUAUUUAGGAAGGGCAGCGUUUCUGUCGAGGCAAGGCUGAUUGACAACGCAGUAUGGCGUGGAAAGGAGUAUGAUAAUAUUACGGAAGAGACGAAGAGACGUGGAAUGGUCUGGAGCGUGAAGAGAAUCUGA